GGUUUAGUUAGUUAUAGUCUGAGCUCACAGAAACACCGUGAGAACCGGGUAGCGGCAGAGAUUUGAAUCUAAUACACGUCGCUGAGAGCUAAUAUAUCGUGAAAAGGAUCAACAAUUCUUUGAGCAUGGACAACAUAAGUCACCCAUUCCUACCAAGCACCACUCCAGACCCUAAUUAUCAAAGCCCUAUGAAAAAUCACUUUUCCACAGCCUUUAGUGCCCUCAUCCUCAGCUUGGUCUUCCUUUUGGGUGUCCCUGGAAAUCUCUUCAUUGUCUGGAGCAUCCUGGCCCGCAUCCGGCGGCGCUCAGUCACCACCCUCCUCAUCCUCAACCUGGCAUGUGCUGAUGCAUUCCUCAUGGCCCUCACCAUCUUUAUCAUCAUCUACCUGGUCAUGAAGACAUGGAUCUUUGGUAACACCAUGUGCAAAAUCCUGUUCUACCUGGUCAACUCCAACAUGUACGCAUCAGUCUUUCUGAUAACACUGAUGAGCGUGCACAGGCUGGUGGCUGUGGUGUUUCCACACACACUGUUCCACUUGAUCACCAGGAAGGUUGUGAGGAGGGUGAUCAUGGGCAUGUGGGUGCUGGUGAUGGUCAUGUCCAUCCCCUCACUGGUGUUUCGAAACGUGAAAGAAGAAACUGAUGAUAUGAACAAUAAAAGAAACGUGUGUGCGCCCCAUCACACCCUGCCUAAACAUGUGGUGUUUCAGUAUGCCUUUGAGACAGUGGCAGGAUUCAUUAUUCCUUAUACAAUCAUUAUAAUCUGCUAUGUUCUCAUCCUGAAACACCUGAGGGAGACCAAAUUCCAACGAAAGGUCCGCAGCGAGAAACUCAUCCUGGCUAUCGUCAUCACCUUUGGCCUGUUCUGGCUGCCGUACCAUAUCAUCAACAUGAUGCAGGUGGCAGAAAAGUGGUGCCCAGAGGGCUUACCCAUAAGAAAAACACUGCAUGAUAUCUCUGACAACAGCCGUGCAGUGACCUCGUCUCUGGCCUUAAUCAGCAGCUGUGCCAACCCGAUCCUCUACACCUUUGCCGGGAAAUCCUACAUCAGAAAGAACGGCAUUGCCUUCAUGGCUAAGGUGUUUGAGGGAACAUAUUCAGACCAAACAGGAAUCAAGAAUAGCCGGUCCACAACUAGAGAUGAACUGGGAAAAAAUAAAGCUGAUUUCACCAACCACCCACUGGCAUCUAUGCCACCAAAUGCAGACUGUGUACAUAACUGAGAGCAUUUAAAAUUGUGUAAAGCUUUAAAUGGAAGAUGUUUUUUUAUUUAUUUAUUUAUUUUUUGCCCGUCUUGUCUGGCAGUUUUUGCAAUCAGAAUUAUCUGAAUGCACUGUCGUGCCAAACACAUUUGCUUUUCCAAGAUGAGCUCUAUAAAUUCUCUACAUCAUUUAUGUUAUUGUUCACAUAAGUGUAUUAUGGCAAUGCCAGAGCUGACAGUCAGGGAAAAAAGCAAGAAAGAAAAAAGAAAAAGGAGGAGAAAAUAGGAAAAAAGAUAAGAACAAGAGGCCAGAGCAACAGGGAGCCGAUGCCCCAGAGGCCGGGCAUCCCAGCACCGGCCAGUGACAGGGGACAAAGGCACAAAGAUGCACACUCAUCCACAUCAGUCCACCCUCUGAAGUGGGGUGAAUGGAUGCCCCCCAGGGCCAGCAGGAACCCCAGGAUGCAGUCAGCCUGACCCCUGAACCACCAUCCAACUGCCGCCCUGGGAAAGGUGUAGGAAAGAGGGGUGGGAAGAUGCAGAUUUAACAUUUGAGACUACAGACAAUCAGCACCAAUGUGAUAACAGAGUUUAAGUGGAAGUCAGGCACAAGCAGUUUACCUUUUGCCUGCAUGCACCUGUGUAUCUGCACAGUAUAUCAGGAUUGUAAAUAAUUUUUUAAAGAUUUAAUAAAAAGGGGAUGAGUUUACAGCUGAUGUGACUUUUGUAAUUUCUCAUCAAUACAGUGAUUGUGAGCUGCUACGGAUUCCUUCAUUAAUGACAUUUCAUUGAAACUGUUUUGUUGUGAUUUUUUUUUUUAAUACCUAUUUGUACCUCCACUUAUGAAUGCCCAGAUAGGAAAUCAUUCUUCUUAAAUUUUUGUUUUAAAAUGCUUAUAUGCACUUAAAUGCUUAAAGUAUUUGCUGUGUAGCUUUUUGUUUAAAUGUCUGGAGCUGGACUUUGAUGUGUUGUGCAUGUUUUGCAGAAAUUGUGUCCAGUGACUACACUGAGCACUGAUUAUAAUUUUGAAAACUUGCAUGAAAGUUCAGUGCACACUCCC